CUGUUAAAAGUAUCACUGUAUGGCGGGAGAUAGCAAAGAAGUGGAAAACGAAGAUGCUCGGAGAAAAGGCUUUAUCUUUGAUUCGAGAACUGCAGCGAACGUCUGAUGUCACACCUCCGGUGUUUAAUGAUGACGGCGUGCGACAGGUGCUGGAGGAAAUCAAAUCUUUGUUUGAAGAAAACAGACGAGAUGUGGAUUCUGCAGAAGAUGGCCAGAGUGGUUUGUUACCAGCUAUCAAACUUCGACAUUACGCUGUCUUGAGAAACAAGAGAUGUGUCCUGGCUUACCUAUACAACAGGCUUCAGCGGAUAAGGAAGUUAAGAUGGUCAUUUGGAAGUCUCUUGCCUGCUGAUGUAAAAUACAAAUUGUCAGAAACUGAGGUGUCUUGGUUCAACAACUACAACAAGAGCUUAGCCAUGUAUAUGAGGAGUAUUGGAGGGGAUGGUGGUUUUGACCUGACCCAGGAUCUGAAGCCUCCCAAAACUUUGCAUGUUGAGGUGAGGUGUUUGGUGGACCAUGGGGACUUUGAGACACAGGAUGGAAGUGUGAUUGCCCUAACUAAAAACAGCCAGCACUUCCUGUUGAGGUCGGAGUCUGAGUAUUUGAUACGACAAGGCAUCCUGGAGCAUAUUGUACACUGAAGAAUGAAGAGGACAAAUCACCAUCUACUCCAACCUUCAGCAUUGAAUCAUUC